CUAAUUUUGUUGAGCAUGGAAAGUCAGAGGAAGUGGACUCCGAGGAGGACAACAAAAAAGUCAGCUGACAAGCUGUUUUCCAGCCCGGCAGAUGACGGAAGAAUGGGAUAUUUCAAACCGAGUUUGAAUCCCAGCUGGUUCUGCUCCAGCUACAUGUCACCCUUUUCUCCUCCGUGUCAGACGCCUUCUGGGGCCGAUGGACUUCACAAGCCCGUGGCGACGUCUGCUGCUCCGCCUGUGCCGCCGAGGAGGCUGGGGAGCGGCGAGGGGAGGACCGGAGGCGCAGAGAGGCAGGUGAAGUGUGUGCUGGCCGGGGACGGAGCUGUGGGAAAAACCUGCCUGGUUGUCAGCUACACCACCAACGGCUAUCCCACCGAAUACGUCCCGACAGCGUUUGACAACUUCUCAGCUGUUGUGGUUAUGUGUUUAGCAGUGGUAUCAGUGGACGGGACACCAGUCAAACUACAGCUCUGUGACACAGCUGGACAGGAUGAGUUUGACAAGCUGAGGCCUCUAUGCUACACCAGCGCUGACGUUUACCUGUUGUGCUUCAGCGUGGUUAGCCCCGCCUCCUUCCAGAAUAUUCCUGAUAAGUGGAUUCAGGAGAUCCGUAGACACUCCCCCUUUACUCCGCUUGUCCUCGUUGGAACUCAGUGUGAUCUGAGAGAAGAUGUUAAGGUCCUCAUCGACCUGGCUAAGUACGGGGAACGGCCUGUGGACCCAGCAGAUGCCAGGAACUGUGCAAUGGAGAUUGGAGCUGUAGCCUAUGUGGAGUGUUCAUCCCUAACCCAAAAAAAUCUGAAAGAAGUUUUUGAUACUGCCAUACUGGCCAGCUUGCAGAACUGCAGCUCCCAUAAUCCUCAGCAGCAACAAAAAAUGCAAAGACAGACCCCAGACAAAAUGAAGAGUAUAUCAAAAUCAUGGUGGAAAAGGUACUGCUGUGUGGCCUAGACACUGAACUGUGACUCUUUGAGGUCUUGUUGCUGGUCGGGCUUUAGGUUUGAAGCCUCUUUUAACUUUAGCCUGCUCUGGAUUAAUCUGGGUUCAGGAUCUAUAUAUUUGGAUUGUUUUGUUUGUUUGUUUGUUUGCUUGUUUUUGCUUUUUUUUUCAUGCAGAUUCAGUCUGCUAUUGGGCAGGGCCAUAACCGAAGUAAGACAAAUCCAAAACAUUUUGCUUUAUUUGGUGAGCUGUUAAUUUCAUCAUGAAUGAAAAAUAUAUGCAGUGCUCUGAAACUA